AUGUGCUUUGGCAGGCAGAAGCAGCUUACUAUUCAGAAGGGAGAAAUCCCAAGAAUGGAAUUGGAAUCAUCUGAUAGUGACUCAGAAGAUCAACAGCAGCAAGUUAAGGAUGCUCUUCAGCAUGUUGUUCGCAUGAAAACACCACUUUGGAAUGCUGCUGCAUGUAAGAAUGUGCCAUUAUAUUUKCCACCAAGUACAUCUGCCCCAUUACAGCCCAAAAAGGAGAUAGUAGUUAUAGAUGAUGAAAUAUCAUUUAAUAAAGCAAGGAAGGAAGUUAUAGAUAAUGAAAUAUCAUUUGAUAAAGGAAGGAAGGAAGGUACAAAUUCUAACACAGACAUCGCAAGUGUUGAUAUUUUGGAAGAAGACAUCAAGUUGCACGAAGUCAUAGGGAAAGGGAAUUUUGGCAGGGUUUACAAAGCCUACUGGAAAAAUAUGCAAGUUGCUGUCAAAGAAAUACCAAAAGGGUAUGGGGACCCUGACAUUAAGGAGGCUGAUUUAUGCAGACGACUCCGCCAUCCCAAUGUUGUAUUAUUCUUUGGGUAUGUUGUAACAGAAAGUGAUGUUCUACUGGUAACAAACUAUAUUAAAGGGCAAGAUUUGUCAAAGGCGCUAGGUCUCCGUAAAACCAAAGAUCCUAAGAUUCUUGAUCCCAGUUAUAAUGGCUACGUGUUAUUUACAGCAGCUCAAGGGAUGGCCUAUAUCCAUGAAAGGGGUAUAGUGCAUCAAGACCUAAAACCUGCCAACAUAAUGAUAGAAGACCUAACAUAUAAGUCUAUCAUUUGUGACCUUGGUGUAGCCAAACUAAAAGAUGGUACUGCAGUGACAGCUGCCAAAGGUGCRAAUGCUGGUACACUGUUGUACCAGCAUAAAGAACAACUGGACGGAGACCAUCCACUUCCAAGCCAUGAUAUGUACUCAUUUGGGGUCAUAACAAUGGAAGUCUUCAAACGAAGUCCUGCCUGGGGAGAAUUGGGGCAYAAGGAAGUACAAGCCAAGAUUCUUUGCGGAGAGUACCCUGUAAUUCCUGAUGAUAUAACUGCUAAUGCAACUGAUAUCAUAAGAAAGUGCUUUCAACCAGCUCAAUUAAGGCCAGCAUUCAAUGAAAUUCUACCAGAUUUAGAGAAAAUGCUUGGUGAUGUUACCAUAUGGUAA